CUUAGAAAGAAGAAUGCUAAAAUUCCUGAACUUAGAAAGAAGGUUGCUGAAUUUAAAAAGAAAUAUACUGAAAUUGAGGCUGAAUAUAUAAGACAAAUUAUUAGAGGUAGUUCUAAAUGUGAAGCUAAGUAUACAAAACUCAAAAAAGAUACUACUAACAUCAAAACUGAAAAUGCUGAAUUUAAAGCUAGA